AAGACUGGUUAAUUUUUCUAUACAGGCUAGGCGUUAUUGGAAAUUCCGAAUCAUUUUAAUUCGUCUUUGAAAUAUUAACGCCCAAAAUCACCUUAUUUAGAGCCACAGCGACAAGAGAAAUUAUUGUAGACCGCUCGUGAAACAGCUAUGAUUGUAAAAAUGAAUUAAAAAGAGCUCAACAGUUGUUAAUUGGUGAUAAUUUUGUUUAUAUUAAGUAUUUUGUGUGAUAUGGCUAGUGCCAAUCAAGGACACAAUGAAGAAGACAUCAGUAUUAUAAAUCGUUCAUCAGACACAAAUGAUGACGGCUAUGAAGACGAGGCUGACAUUAUAUUCCAAAAUUUUCAAUUAAGGAACACAGCAACAGAUAAUUCUGAAUCGGUGCAAGUUUUUCGUCAGGCGUAUGAUGAAUUGAAAUCCAGAUUUAAUGAACUUUACAUAAAAUCCGAAGGCCAAGCAAAGAAAAUAAAAGAGUUGGAAAAUUCCAACCUUAACACUGGGAUGGAUUUUAGCGAAUCUGAUUCAUUUUUGUUUGUUAGUUCCGAGGGAAGUGGUAAGAAUGCACAUGAUAACAAUGAUACAGACAUUGGUGUGCUGAAAGGUCAAGUGGCUAAUUUACAGCGUAAAUUGAUGGUUGCGGAAUUUGAAGUGAAAACUGUAACUGCAAAAAAAUUUCAACUUGAAGAAAGUUUGAAAUCCGUUAGACAAAUGGCAGAAAAUGAUCAGUCACAGGAACGGGAUACAAUGGAAUAUCUUCAGAGAAAGAUCGAAGAUUAUAAAGAGAGGGUUCGACAGUUGGAAUCCAUUAAAGGUAGUGAUUUGCAACAGGAAAUUAUAAACAUGCGCAACGAGUGUAAAAAGCUGAAGGAAGAAAAUAAUAAGUUAGCAAAUGAAUUAAAACAUUGUAAAAGUGAAAAUACACUUUUAAAACAGAAACUUACUGGUAGAAUCGAAAGUAGUCCGGCUGGAAGUCUGGCACUUAGUAAUGGUACUAUAGCAUCGUUUGGUAUCGGUACAUAUGCAUCAAAUGGCUUGACAAGAGGGAUGACAAAUGAAGUUGAUCAACUUUCAAUGUUGUCGUUGAACUCUUCUCUACCAGCAACAGAUGAACUCAAAAAGUUAAAACAAUAUAUUAAAAGCUUGAAAACAACAAUUGAAAAACAGCAUGCUGCUCUUAAAAAAAUAGAAGAAAAUCCUGCAAUAAGAAAGAUUUUAGAAGAGAGCACAAGUAUGUCACUGGGGAGAAGAAGAAGGGCAAGUAAUUCAAGCUGUAAUGGAGUUGUUGAGUUGGAGGACAGUAACCCUAAUCUGUCAAAUGGUGUAAAUUUAAGGAACAAUGGUGGAACAGGUAGUGAAGAAUCUGUUCGAAGCGCUUUUGAUCCACGACCCAUGUCAUCAUGCCUUCCUGCCUCGCAACAGUUGCAAGUCAAUCUACCAGAAGUAUAUGACAAUGUUCAACAGACCAAAAACCCAGGACAUUUUCCGUUUAAAUCACAGUCGGAAGUAAUUUAUCGACAACAAAGUCAUCAAAGAGAUUUACAACGCAGUCGUUCAGUCGCUGAUAGGCAGUUUACAUUAGAAAGUGCGCCAGGACCAGUUUUUGAGAAAGAAACAACAGGAUUCAUCCAAGUUGAUCGAAAUCGCUAUGGUGAUCAUAGAGCGUCUGGUUCGUCUGUUGAGCCAGGUAGAGUUAAUCCUCCUUUCAGGUCUGAUUCUCCUUUCCAGCCGUCACCAUACCAACCCCCAUCACCGUACCAACCAUCCCCAUACCAGCAACCAGCCCCUUGUCAACCAUUAAUACCUGAAGUAACACAACAGAUUUGUCCUGUAUGUAGCGAAAACUUUACACGUAGAAGUGUCAGUGACUUUCAAAGGCAUGUGUUUAAUUGUGUUGACGCUGAUGAGCAGCCGUCUACGUUAACCACAGAAUCGGAACCAGAUAGAAUAUGUCCAAUGUGUAACGAACGUUUCCCACCAGCGGUUGCACAGAUAAUGGUUGAUAAUCACGUCAACGCUCAUUUCGGAGAAGCCCCCAUUGGUGAUGGUUUUGAAAUUCUUAAUACUGGUAACUAAAUAAAAGAUAUGAAGAAGAUAUGUAUGGUACCGGUAUGGAUUUAGUGAUGUCAUUAAUAACUAUGAUAGAAUCAUGGUGCUAGAUCCUUUGAAUGUAUUGCUGAUUAUAUUUUCUUUUUAUACGCCCACAUUGAAAUGUGGUCGUAUAUUGUCGUCGGUCCGUCCCUCCCUCAGUCUGUGUUUACGCCGAUAUAUAAUCGUUUUGAUUGACUUAGGUUGAUACACAGAGUUUAAGGUCUUGAGAUGAACAAGUAUAUUGAUUUUCAAUGAUUUUUGAUAACUUGAAUAGCUAAAUCCAUGAUAUUAAAUGUUUUGUAUACUAAACUUAGCAUGGGCAGAAAAAAUUCAAAUGAUUUUCUGAUAAUUACUUAAUGAGUUGUUACUCUUAAUCUGAUUUUAGUAUUUUAUAAAUUACCGACAAAAGUAAAAAUAUGCGACAACUCUUGUUGGCUGCCCGAAAGAUUUAGCUGCUGUGGGCGUAUGUUUCAUUGCCUGGCAACCUAUUUUUAAAAUUUAAAAUACAGUUUAGUGGAUCGAAAAAUGAGAGUUUGGAAAAGGCCCUUGAUAUAGCCUACAUUAUACAUAUUGGCCAAACACUGUAAUUAACCAUACACAUGUAUGUUUGAGCUGUGGUGUGCUAUAGUUUUUUGACAGUAAAAUAGGCUGAUAUAAAUUUUCAUAAAAACAUAAAUAUUGCUACAGGUAUAUAAUUAUGAUUAGGUGGUGCUUGCUUUAUCUGUAAUAUAAUGUAGGUACAUGUACACUAUAAACAGCGAUAACUGUGAUAAACUAAAAUGGACUAAAGACUAUAAUUGUUGUAAAUAUGUAUAAAUGUUAAUAUAAUGUCAUACAUAACAAGUUUGGUUUGUGGCUUAUCAUGGUGUUAAAACUUGUGACCUGGAAAUUUGUAUAUUUUGUUAUUACUAUAUCAUAACUGUGUAAUAUAUGUAUGAAAAGGUAAUAUUUUCGUCAACAUUUUGGGAUUGCUGGUGUCAAAUUAGUCUGUGUGCUUCUAGCAUGAGAACAUUGCAUACCAAAGAUCUAACUUUACCAGUUCAUCAUCAAAAUACUCUCCUCAAAAAUAGUGUCAAGAAUAUUUAAACUUUCAUAAGCAAUAUACCAUGCAGUUAUGAGAUGCUAAGUUUUUAGAGAUCUAUAAUACUAGCUAUGAUAAUGAUUAGCAAAUUAUCACACUGUUACUAACGACAUUUCGAGGAGAAAUAUAACCAGCUGAACACCUACAGUUAACCAUGGAUAAAAAUUUAAUGAAUCUGCCUUAUCCCUGUUUCAACUAAGGCAGGAUUUUGAGGGUACUGCAGUAACUGUACCCUCCCAAAAUGUGUCUUUAGAUAUUAGAGUCGAAGAUGCUAACUUAGUAACUGCUACUGGUGUUGGGUUUGGGUAUAUGAGGAACUAGUAGAUCAAACUUGUACCUUGUCAUAAAAUUAUUUACGGAACUACAAUCUAUGAGUAAUAUUUGCAUAUGUACUGUUAAAUUCUGAAAUAUAAUAUAAAUCGCAAUCUACAACACUGUAAUUCAUGUAUAAAGACAGUUUAUAUUUUGUUCAUUCUAUUUUUUUUUUAAAUUGUAUGCUACUUCACUACUAAAUGGAUAAACUUUUUUCCAUUUGAAAUAUUUAUGUUAAGACUUUUAAUGAAAAUGUGUAGUUUUAAAUUCUGUCAGUCAAUUACUCUUUCGGGUUUCCAAAAAUUAUUUGUGAAGUGAUUUUUAAAAAAAACUGAGUAGAGGUUGUGAACAUUUUUAUUGGAUUAUUGGUGUCUACAUAUUUUGUCUUUGAACAUCAUAUGAAUGAAUACAUGCACAAAAUCAACAGUGAUCAUCCAAUUUUGAUGAAAUUUGGCACAGAUGUGUGGCUUUAAUAAAGAAGACCAGUUCUGUUUGAAUCUGGAUAUAACCAGACAUUAUUUAUAGUCUUAAAUAUCUUGUGUACAUGUAACCAUAUAUAAGUUAUGUUAUAUGGGCGAGUUUAUUCUUUAUUAAUAUUGUUAAUGUUAAAGAUACAUUAUGGAAGAUUAGAUAAAGAGCUGGCAUUCCUCACUAUAAUAGUUAAAAACUAGGUAAUAUAAAGGCAAUUUGCUGAAAAUUUCAGUCAAAUUGAUCCACUCUUAACCGAGAUUUUAGCUAAUAUUGAAUUUUUGGCCUAGCCUCGAUCAUCAUGAAUGGAAGUCGAACAGCAAAUCGGAAACUAAUCCAAUAAACAUUGCAGGCUAGCGAUGACAUCAAGAGUUGAUUAUGGUCUGGAUAAGUUAUUUAAUGUCUAAUUAAUAAAUUAGAUGACAUUCAGGCCUAAAGAAAGACCUGCAAUAGGAAGAUUUAGCUCUUGCUUAGUGUAUGUUUAAUAUACAUGCAGCAGAUUAUUUCAGAUUUUUAUAACAAAAAUAUUACUCACGUUUGGUAUUUAUUUCUUCACAUCAAUUUGCUAGAUAUAUUAUUCUUUUACGUUUAAAACAAAUUGUUAUGUUAAUAAAAGUAUAAUAAUGAA